UAUCACAAAAAUUCAUCAAAAAAUCUAGGUGACAUUCGAAAUUCCUUACAUCAACAUUUGUGUAUAUAUAUACACACAUGGUGUAGCUGGUCCAUUCUCCCAUUAGUCAUGAUGGAUCAUGGAUGGUAUCAAAGAAUUGAAUAGUGUGAAGUGCUUGAGAGAAUUUUAAUAGCGGAGCUGAGUGCCAAAUCAUUCAAAAGAAUAAAACUAUUAGGGAGAAUUAUUAUUGUUUCUGAUGUUAUAAUUCUUAUAACAAUUAUGGACAGGAUUUGGAAAAGCAACAUUGAAAUCGCUCCCAAUUGCCCCAGGUGUGCCUCUACCCAUACAAAGUUUUGUUACUACAACAACUACAGCCUCUCACAGCCCAGGUACUUCUGCAAAGGCUGCCGGAGGUAUUGGACCAAGGGCGGCUCCCUCCGCAACGUCCCCGUCGGCGGUGGCUGCCGGAAGGGCCGUCCCUCGUCUAGACCCGCCUCUCGGCUGGAAGUCGAGCGACCGCCUUAUCGUUCUCCAAUCGCGACGUCACCGUCCGAUGCCCUUCACUUCCCCGGCGAGUCAACUCGCGCUGACCAUUCUGGAAGUGGUCAACGAGCUUUUCUUCCUGCUCCCAUGUUUAUGGAGCAGGGAGAAGGAAGCCUUAAUCAAGAAGCUUUUAUCAACGGCGGCCAAGAACGCGUUUUUGGAGUGGAUGGGUGUGACCAGAAUGAGCUUCACGACGAGUUGCAGGCUCUAUUGCUCGGCGAGGACGGUGGUCAAUGGUCAACUACGCCAGAAGAGACGCCGGAUAUGGAGUGGCAGCCGCCUAUCAUGAUGAUGAUGCAGCCGCAGCAAGCUCAAGAUGAUUUGGGGACAUUUGUCGGAAGUGGCGUUGACUAUUGGACGGGAAUUGGAGGGUCCACGUGUCUGGCGGCGGCGGCGGUGGUUAAUAACGAUGAUGUUUGGGGGUUUUAUGAUUUGUCGUCCGGUUCUGAAAAUUUCGUGUGGCCUUGACCCCAGCCCCAUCGGGCCAGUUAAUUUGGAAGGUCAGGAUGUCCUUAAUAGUUAAUACUACGUGCCCGGAUCGAAAAUAAUUCAAAUAAUUUUUUUUUUGAUUUUAUACUAGUUCUGUACCUGUGUAUUCGCACUGGUUGUAACUGUUUUGUAUGUAGAUGAUAAUUGAUUAUAAAUUAGUUUUUUUACGUAUAAGACAAAGUCUUUCAAUGUUUAAAACAAAAAAUAUGGCAUGAUCACAC